CUUGAAAUCACUCAGAUAUAUUCUUGCAAACUUAAACAGAGAGAGAGAGAGCCGAGAAAGAAAGAUAGUCUUUGGGUCCUUCAACUGCUGCAGAAAGUUUCUAGAAGAAGAAACAAACAAGUUUCUACGGCAGUUGAAAUAUAUAAAAGAUCCAUCGUCUCUUGUUUUCAUAACUUCUUUCACAAAGUUUGAAUCAAAUCACACACUGUAUUUGUAGAAUGGCUCGUUCUUUCUCAAACGCCAAGGUCAUCUCUGGCCUGAUCAGCGAGGCAAUCAACGGCAGAGGAUUCUCAGCUGUUGCAUCCCAAGGAGCUGCUGUGUCCAAGGCAAGAAGCGGUGCUGCUGUGAUGAAGAAAACAGGGGAGGAGGUUACCAAGACCACCGAGAAGAUUUCCUGGGUUCCAGAUCCUCGUACUGGAUUCUACAGACCAGAGAAUGUUGCUCAGGAAAUCGAUGCGGCUGAAUUACGUGCUACUCUCUUGAAGAAGCAUUGAAGAAAUUACUAAUUCAUGCUAUUAAUAAAAUCUGAUUACAACUAUAACAUGUUCUAUGAUAAAAAAAAGGGGGGGGGGAUCGAUGGAUAUAUGUGGGUUGUGGGGUGGUUCUGAUGCUUUGGCCUCGUGGGCUAUCGGCUUGUGCUGUGACAUAUUUAGCGGAUCUUGGCUUGAUUUGAUUAUUGCUAUGGCACGCAUCUCUAGCCCUCUCUGUUUAAGGAAAAAAAAGAUUUCACAGAUUUCUUAUUGAUGUAAUAUUUCUUCUUCGAAGUUUAACGAUGGUUAAUUACACUAUAUUCUUACACA